CCCCAACCCCGUCAAGCCCACAACCCCACGCACGACCAACCACGGCGCGAGUGCCCCUCACCUCCUCGACCCACACGCGCCAACCACGGCGAAAAGCCGCCAGCGAUCGCUCGUUGGCUCACAGUCCGUCAGCGUUCUUCCUUGCGAGAGCACGCGCUACGACGUAUAUUUACGCUCGCUCUCUGUCUGUCUAACCACUUGCGUUUAACGUUUCUAUCUUCAUUUCAAAAUCUACAACCCUUCUUUGGGUUUUUUAUUAAAGCUUUAUCUCUUCUUCUUUUUUUUUCCCCCUUAUUCUACGUUACAUUUUGAAUCGCGAAAUUUACGCGCGAUUUACGAAUUACACCUUUAACGCGUAUUUUUAUCUGUGUGUCGUUUCUUUGUCAAUUGUUAUUAUAAAAACAAAGACAAAUAUAUAAUAAUAAUAAUUAUUAUUAUUGGUGAUUUUGGUUGUUGACUAUUGACAAUAGUUUUUGUUUAUUUGAAAUAAGACUGUGAGAGAUAGUUACGAGUGUGUGUCACACUUUUGGGAUUAAUAACUGUAUACUACAACGAUUGGAUUAUAUAUAUAUAUACUUAUAUAUUUGUUUGUAGUUAUAAGUGUGAAUAAAAAAAUAAAACAUAUGUUUUUUUUUGAAUGACAUUUGAAGUGUGUGAAAAAAAAUUAUUUCAAAAAAAAAAAGGAUUGAAAUACAAGAAAUUUAAGGACUUGGAUUGGAUUCUUGUCAAAGGACGAGAGAAUCGUUUUUGAUUCUCAUGUGUGUGUUUCUCUUUCUCGUGGUAUAAGACAAAAAAGGAUUGAGAAAAGAGAGAGGUGAUAAGAACGAUCAAAAGAAAAGUUCAGAUAGAGUGAGAGUGUAAAAGAAAGGUAGAAAAAGAGAGACGUAUUAUACACUCUCUUUCUCUCUCUCACUCUUUCUCUUUCGUCUCUCUUGAUCUCGCGAGUGACAAGUGGUCGACGACGACGACAACGACAACGACGACGACGACGACGACAACGACGCGCGCUCAACACCACGUGGCCGUUUGUAUUUGCGCCGGGGUGUGUUUGUGUGCGUCCACAUAUACAACACAUCAAUCAAGUGUCAAAACACACGUUAAACAUAAUCCCAGAGAAUAGUCAUUUCUUUUCUCAUACACGGUGGUGGUAGACUUUAAUAUUAAAAAGUUCAUCAGUAAAAUCUUGUGAUGACUUUAACAAACAAAAAAAUAAAAACAUUAUUUUGUUGAAUAAAAUAAAAUAACAAUUAGAGACAAUUUAUUUUGACGAAAGAGAUUUUUUAAUUACUUUACUACUUUAAAAAGUAAGAGGGACAAAUAAAUCUCACAAUUUCUUAUUAUUCAAAUUUACAAUCUACCCAGAAUUAUUUUGACAAAAAAAAAAAAUAAGAAAACAAAUCAAAGAUUGUCCUAAAAGAUUGACGACAAAAAUAAAAAGGAACAAACAAAAAAAAAAAAAAGAGGAGUAAUAUUGAAAAAAUACGUACGUAAUCUCGUUCACAUUCGGACAUUGUGAUACGCGAAAUGCCGAGUGCCUCGGCCACUUUGAGACAAGAACGUAGGGUGCUGCGAACGUCUUUUUUGAGGGCCGUGACGGCCUGCUAAAAUGACUGCACGUCUCCACUCGCUGAGGCACCAGGAGAAGAAAUCAGUCGGUAACAGCCACAGGCAACAUCAUCAACAAUCUCAACACCAACAAGCUGUACAUCAGGGUCCUAGUCCAGCACCAAGUCCUAGCCCUAGCCUUAGCCCGAGCCCGAAACACUCGGACGGACGUCGAGCGAACAAACCACUAAUGGAAAAGCGACGACGAGCGAGGAUCAACCAAUCCCUGGCAGCCCUAAAAGCGCUGAUCCUUGACAGCGCAAGGCUCGAGAAUACUAAACACAGUAAACUCGAGAAAGCUGACAUCUUGGAGUUGACGGUUAGGCAUCUGCAAAGGCAAAGAUCUCUAGCACAACCUGGCCUGUCCAGGUACAAGGCUGGCUACCAAGAUUGCUCCAGGGAGGUGAGUCGAUAUCUCGAUGCUCCAGAAAUCAUUACGGGGAUCUCGAUACCGAUGGACCCGACAGUGAAGCAGAAGUUACUUCGUCAUCUGGACAGUUGCGUGUCCGAGCUUGAUCUAGAUCUUGGAUCGAGACCUGACAGUGGAUUGGGUAGCAGUCCAGGUAGUGUGACGGAUCGUGUGACUGGUGCUACGAGUCCAGGUCCUUUGGAUCACCACGUACCACCGACGCCUCAUUGCAGUACGGCCUUGAAUCCAGCUGGUUUGAUAAAGUCAGAGAUACUAGAGAUGGAGACGGCUAGGCCUGACAGUAGCACGACGGCUGGGGACGAAAACAAUAACAGUAGCAGACCAACCUCGGCGUUCAGUCAAGUCAAUCCAGCUGGUCUGGAUCCUCAUCACCCUUCCGGUAUACCGGUAGAUCAAGCCUCGACAUCGCAGCAAAAUCCGAAUAUGCUGUCGGUCGUACAGGUGAUACCUUCGAGACUACCCGAUGGUCAGGUGGUCUUCCUUCUACCUAGUCACUAUGUCCAACUGGCUGCAGCGGCGGCAGCGAAUGGCAUCAGUAUCGGACCAAAUCCACCUACUGCAAUCUGGGCAGCUACAAACAUGUCUUUGCUCAAAGCCACAGACAAGUUGGCUAAAAGACCUCACGAAGAUAUGCAAGAAUGGCAGGAAACUGCGGCUGGUGUUAAACCAAGCAAGAGUCCUCGAAUGCAGGAACAACCCGAACAACCUUUGGACUUUACUACCAAUUCGAAGAAAUUGAAGACAAUCUCGAGAAACUCCGUUCACGGUAUACCAAGUAUCGAGCAACAGCAACAACAACAACAACAGCAGCAGCAGCAGCAACAACAGCAGCAGCAACAACCACAACAACAGCAGAUACUACCUUCGCGAACGACGACUGACGCUUCGAUUAUUCACGAGGAAAGACCCUCUAGUCAUGCGGGUAGUGAAAUCGCUGUUGGAAUGCCAUCGCCAUCGCAGCUCGGUCAACAAGCUGUCAAGGAUGAAGAGAGCAUGUGGAGGCCUUGGUAAAUCGAGAAUACCUUUUGCCAAUCGAUUGCAAAAUCGAUCUUAUUCUUGUAUAUAAAUUAUACAUACAUAUAUACAUACAUUAACGUUUAAUCGAUGGUGAUUCGAGUGAAACAGCUUCGAUUCGAAACAACAUCCAUCUCCCGCCCCCCACCCCCCUAGUCAAGGAAACCCCACGCGAAAUGGGUUGGUUUUUCCUUCGCGUCGCGCAAAGGAUUUGUUUUCUUCUCGCAAAAAGAAAGAAAAAAGAAAAAAAAACAAAAUAAUGCGCGUAUUCGUCGACAUUUUUCUCACGAGCUCGUUGAUACACCAACUACGUGUAAAAGUAAGUACGUAAGUAUGUAUGUACAUACAUAUUAUACACUUACGUGCAAUAACAACGCCUGACGCGUUUGACGUCAAAACUUGAAAUUCUUUAUCUUCUUCUUCUUCUUCUUCUUCUUCUUCUUCUUCGUCUUCGUCUUCUUCGAAGCAGUUUCAUGCGAUUCAAAAUGCCAAAGUAGUAAACGAGGCGAAAUAAACAAAAAAAAAUUUAACGAUCUUAAAAAAAGAAAAAAAAA